AUGCAGUGCGUCGCACAAUCACAUUUGUUUUACAACAGUUUCGUGAAAAAACUGCGACCAGUUCGGACGAAAUUCCCGAAGCAAGACCUGCCGCCUGUAUUUCCAAACGGCUGGUUUGCCCUCUUUGACUCUUCCGCACUCGGAGUCGAACAAGUGAGGAGGGUCGAUGUACUGGGCCUGGAGCUGGUGGCGUUCCGAACUAAAGGCGGUGUGGCCCACGUGAUUGACGCCUACUGUCCCCACCUGGGGGCCCACCUGGGAGUUAUGGGCCGCGUGUUUGGAGACUGCAUCGAGUGCCCUUUCCACGGCUGGAGGUUCAGGGGAGAAGACGGAGCUUGCAUGCAUGUGCCCUACAGCGCCAAAGCGCCAGAGUUUGUGAAGGUCAAGACGUGGGAGACGCGGGAAGUUCUGGGCUCGCUUUUCAUGUGGUACCACGCCGACGAUGGGCCACCGUCCUGGCAAGUUGAGGAUGUCCGCGAAGUCUCCAAUGGACAUUGGAAACUAGAAAUGCGUUACGAGAGCAUCCUCAGCGUCCACAUCAGAGACCUGGGCGAAAACGAGGCAGACUUGACCCACUUUGGAGCCUUGCACAAACCGAACCCCUUGAUGUCCCCCGAGGAGUUUUCCGUGAGCGCCGGAGACACCUUCUGGGGCCGAAUGCUGUCCUACGACUGGACGGCUGAUUGGCACGUGGAGGCGCACACGUCCAUCGUGGAAGUUGACGCCAACCUUAGAGUUUUCGGAAAGAUCUACCCCAUCUUGAACCACAAGGCGCGCGUCACUCUCCACGGCCCCGGGUGCAUGAUCGUGCAGGUGUCGUGCAAGCUCGGAGAUAUCCGGAUGGUGGUAACGAUCACGCCUGAAGGACCGUUUCAAAACCGAGUGGUGCACAAGAUUUACUUUGAACCCCGUGCACUGAUGAUCUUCCGCUUUUUUGUCAGCAAAGUAUAUUUAUCGGCGUUUCGAAGAGACAUCCUGGCCUGGAACCACAAGACCAUGCAUCAGCAUCCACCACUGCAGAAGAACGAGAAAACCGUCGCACAAUUUCGCAAGUGGUACGACCAGUUCUACAGCGAAAGCAGUCCCACGUGGCAGGAAGUGCGGGAUCGCACUAUGCAGUGGUGA